CCCACUUUCUCAAAAUGCAAAUCUCUCCGACUGAUAUCUUUAUAAAAUCAAUUCCACUGUAAACUGAAGCAGAGCCACAACAGUUUUCCACAAUGGCUUCCUCCAUCGCUCGCAGAUUCACUAGGAAUCUUCUCAAACCCUCUCACUCAUCCUCUAUUUCCUCCUUUGCUGCCUAUUCCAUCAACCAUAGCCCUAAGCCUUUCACCUCCUCUUACUGUCGCUCAGACACCGAUUUCAGAGGCAUAGACCUUUCUGUACCAUAUCUCUCAGGCUCUAUCUCCGGUCGAUCCCGAUUGAUCAGUUCUCUCUUAGAUUCCACCGCCACCCCUUGUAAGUCUCUGGUCGCGCCAUUAGAGAAACCCACGAGCCAUGAUCUCAAUUUCUUCAGAUUUUACUCAACUUCUGCAACAAAGUUCAACUCCUCUUCUCAUUCGCAGGAGACACCCACAAACCCUAAUACUAAAUCGUUGUUGCAAGAAAAACCCAGAAAUCCUGGGCUCAGAUUUUUCUCAACCCCUUCCGAUGAUGUGAAGUCGGAGAAACUCGAAUACCCAAGUCAGAACCCUGGUUUCAAACACCAAGAGAUCGAAGGCCCGACGGUUGAGCGCGAUCUCUCUGCACUCGCUAAUGAGACCAGAGAAGUUUUAGAACGACUGAUGAGGACCAUCUUUGAUUUAAGCAAAGCCGUUGCUCUUUUGGGCCUCGUCCAGCUCGGCUGUGGAGCUUGGAUCUCUUACGUCACUCGAACUUCCCCAAGUACAGAGGUCACAAUUCAGAGCCUUGUGGCGUUUGCUUUCCCGUUCUCAUUGGCAUUCCUCAUGCGGCAAUCGCUGAAGCCUAUGAGUUUCUUUAAGAAGAUGGAGGAACAAGGACGGUUGCAGAUUCUAACUCUAACCCUUCAAAUUGCGAAGAAUGUGAAUAUCUUCUUUGUGCGAGUACGUAGUGUUUCUUUGAUUUGUGCUGCAGGCAUGUCGAUUGGGCUAGUAUAUGCUGUGAUAUCAAGAUGAGUUCUUUAGAGUUACAAUGUAAUUUGCUAUUAAUAUCUCUGCCCGAGUUUUACUAUUGAUGCUUUCUAGUUUGUUUACAUUUCCUCAAUUUUCAAUGCAAAUGACAUAAUACUUCUUGGACUUUAGUUCCAA